GUUAUGGUUAAUGUGUAUUUUAACACCUGAAGACCUCAAAAUUUCGCUUGUCGUACCUGCAGUACUGCCUCUAUUCUCUUAGAUGUCGCUGUUGUUUUUGGACAAACCACAGAUCUACUCUUUUGACGUGUCUUCCUUGUUUGGCACACGGAAGUGUUGUUCGUAACAGCAGUGUUUUGGUUUUGUGUAAUGAACACAACCCACUGACAGGCUUUGAAAGGCAAUGUGAUUUCUCUGUUCCAAGACUUUAAGCUUAAGAAAAAGCCGACAAAAUGGUGAAUCUCGGUAUCAGGAGAGUGGACGACGCUCUAGUCGCCAAACACCCGGGUUUGGAGAGUUAUGCUGCUUGUCAGUCUCGUGCCUUCAUGAAGGGGACAGGUGCCUUUGUCCUUGGAGCGACUGGUUUAUUUGCCCUUCAGUGGGCAUUACAGAGGAGGCUUCCUUAUCCUCUUCAGUGGAACCUGUUCAUUUCAGUAGUUGCGUCCUCAGUGGGCAGUUAUGCAGUGACUCGCCGGGAAAGUCAGAAAUGCUCAGAUCUCUGGCUGUUGCUGGAAACAGGAAAAAUCCCAGACAGAUCUCCACAACUGCAGCCAAAACCAGAAGAAUCGAAGACACCUGGGGAAACAAAAUAUGGCGAUGUGAUGGACUGAACAUGGUCACAAAACAAAACAUGUGUAUGCUGUAUAUAAUUGAAUCUUCCCAGAAAAUGUACUAUGCUGGUGAUAAAUUGUUUAUUUCUGACCAUAAAAAUAAGAAACUCCUGAA